AUGUCAGCGACUAGUGUGUUAAUCAAUCAAAUAAAUACAGCAACAACAACAGUAGUAUCUAGUAUUUUAUCUAUCAAUUUUAUCUUAGGUUCAGUAAGUUUAAUAUUCAAUAUAAUUAUUUUUACACGUCCAAAACUUCGUCAACAACCAUGUUCAAUUUAUUUUCUAACAUCAUCAUAUUUGAAUUUAUUUGUGAUUUAUAUUGUCUUACCUGUUCGAAUUGUUUCAAGUAGUUUCAAUGUAGAUUUAGCAAAUUAUAAUUUAAUCGUAUGUAAAAUAGAAUUCUUCCUAUUUUUUGCUGUUCGAGCAACAGCAUGUUGGGCUAUUGUAUUUGCAUGUGUCGAUCGAUAUUUUCAUAGUUCAUCACAUGCAAAAUUCCGCCGAUUAAGUUCAUUAAAAAUAGCUAAAAUAACAGUUAUUAUAGGAAGUAUUAUUGUCUCAAUUUCUUAUUCUCAUAUGCUUGUUUAUUAUAUUAUUAAAAGCGCAGCAAAUCAAUAUGGAAAUGUAAUACCACUAUGUACUGAUCAAAAUGGAAAUUAUGCGACAUUUAUUGCAUUUUGGCAUAUGAUGUUGUAUUCACUGGGUCCAACAAUCUCUAUGUUUCUAUUUGGAUGUUUAACAUUAUACAAUCUUCGAACACGUCGUCAAAUAGUUCCAUUGGGAAAUGAAACUAAUCGAAAUAUUCGUCGAACAGAUAAUCAACUGUUAAAAAUGUUAGCAGGUCAAAUAUUUGUGAUUGUUAUUGCAAGAUUACCAUCUUCAUUUGGUCGAAUUUAUAUUUCAUUAACACAAAAUAUACCAAAAGAUACCUUAAGAAUUGCACAAGAAAAUCUUGCACUGAAAACUUUAAGUGCAGUAGCAUAUCUUACACAUUCAACAACUUUUUAUUUAUAUACUUUAUCGGGAACUCUUUUUCGUAAAGAAUUCUGGAAACUUAUUCGAAAAAUUUGCCAUUUCAAAAAUAACAAUCGAAGAACUAAGACUACUCGUCAAACACAACAACUUGAAGAAGAUAAUAAUGAAAAUUAA